AAUUAUGGAGCUUUUAUUUUGAAGGCUUCAGUUUGUAACCGGAUAUGCAGUGGCUAACAUUGUCUGGUUUGAUAUCGGAAGAGAAAAGUGGCGGGCUGAGCUCGAGCUGGUUUUCUUCCUCAACGUCCGCUCGGAGGAUUUAAAUCCAGACUCUCUCAGGUUCAGAGUUAGUUUGUCUCCAGAAGAAUUAUCGUCUUAUUAAAAUGAGUGGUCGUGGAAAGGGAGGUAAAGGACUCGGUAAAGGAGGCGCUAAGCGUCACCGUAAAGUCCUCCGUGAUAACAUCCAGGGAAUCACCAAGCCCGCCAUUCGCCGCCUGGCUCGCCGUGGCGGUGUGAAGCGGAUCUCCGGUCUGAUCUAUGAGGAGACCCGCGGUGUGUUGAAGGUGUUCCUGGAGAACGUGAUCCGUGACGCCGUCACCUACACCGAGCACGCCAAGAGGAAGACCGUCACCGCCAUGGAUGUGGUGUACGCCCUGAAGAGACAGGGCCGCACCCUGUACGGCUUCGGAGGUUAAACCUGUCAGUCCACCUGGAUACGAAACAAAAGGCUCUUUUAAGAGCCACACACAUCACCUAGAGAGCUUUAUUCACACUCAUUUAACUAACACUUUACAAUAGAUCAUUACAUCAUAAUGUCUAACCCAAACGGUUUAAAUCACAAAUUAUGUCAUUUUCGGCCUUUUUUUUUGUAGAGUCACGGAUUGAAGUUUUCUUUAACCUAAUUUCUCCUCUUAACCCCGGUACUAGAGAAGUCUGACAGCCGCAGAAGUCUCGUCUUCUACAUUGGGGCCGGGGGCAGCAAUAGAGUUUAAGUGCCCCAUGUAACGUCAUUUAUUUUGUUUCAAUCAUGUCCAAAAUGUAUAUUUUGCUAUUUAAAAAUAGUGACAAGAAUCUACCCUUUAUUGCAGAAAACUGAUAAUGAAUGAGUUUAAAGGAUGGCUGCUGGGAAUCUAAUAUCAUGUACAAAAUCUUCUGUAUGAUUGUUUCCACUUCCGUGUAAUGACAUGAACAGUUGUAGUGUUGUGGCGGAGACCUGCAGCUCUUCAGUGGGGUGAAGUGGCUCUUUAAAGAACCUUUGUUUUCUUUAUUAUGGAGUUUUAUGCGGCGGGCCAGCUGGAUGUCUUUGGGCAUGAUGGUGACCCUCUUGGCGUGGAUGGCGCACAGGUUAGUGUCUUCAAACAAACCGACCAGGUAAACCUCGCUGGACCCCAACUCUCAUUGGUCCCAUGUGUGCAGGUCAUACAACAGCUCAACAGAGACUCGGACAAAAAUAGGUCCAAGUUUACCAAAGGUGUCAUUAUCUCAGUUAAAAGUAUGGAUAUGCGUUUGAUAUUACAAGUGUGUGAUCAUCUCCUUAAUAUUAUUGUAGUUUUCUUGUGACCGGAAACAGAAAUAUGUAUUUUAUGUGUUUCCCCAACUUGUUUCAUCUUCACCCAAAGUGUCCAAAAGCAUAAAAACAUUGACAAUGA